UUAAGCGUUGUACUCGUUAGGCUGCACGUGUGUAACUUGCUCAUUGAUACGGGACUCUCGCAGAGAUCCUUUCUCUCUGCAGACGCAGUCACGCGACGUCUGCCAUUGCACUGACCUGCUGCACAUACGCGUACCAAAUUGUGAUAGGAGUCGCGCCCAACCAGCUCAACCUACCUUGGUGCACAUCGGGGUCCCUGAAGACUGGUGCUCGGUGGGGCGCUUGCCGCAGCUCCCUGACGUGGCGCGGCGGCCAAUAUGGUCACGCUCGAUGAGGUCGCCGGCCUCAAGGUCACGGAGCUGAAGGAUGCGCUCAAGUCGCUGGGCCUGUCGGUGACCGGCACCAAAGCGGUGCUGGCCGACAGGCUGACACAAGCGCUGAAGGCGCAGGCCGAGGAGGAGGAGGAGAAGGAGGAAGAGGCCGCGGAGCCGCAGGAGGAGGAGAAGAAGGAGGAGAAAGAAGAGAAGGAGGAGGAGGAAGAUGCGAAAGAAGAGAAGAAGGAGGAGAAAGAAGAGACGAAGGAGGAGCUGGAGCCGGCGACGGUGCCGUCAGUACCGCCACCCAAGCAGGCGGAUGCUGUGAUGGUGGAGGCGAGGGCGGAGGAGGAGGAGGCGCCCAAGGCGGCCACAAAGCAGGCGGAGCCAGAGCCGGAGCCGGAGCCAGACCAGCACGAAGAGAAGGUUGAUUACGGGAUGGAGGAGGAGGAGCCUGAGGCUGAGGCGGCAGCCGAGGCCUCGAAGCAGGAGGAGCAGCUGGCAAAGGAGGAGCCAGCAAAGGAGGAGCCAGCCGCAAAGGAGGAGCCAGCCGCAAAGGAGGAGCCAGCAAAGGAGGAGCCAGCCGCAACGGAGGAGCCGAAGCCCACACCCGCGAAGGGCCGGGCCAAGCGCGGGCGCGGGGCGGCGGCGGCAGCAGCCAAGCAGGAGGAGGAGGAGGAUGAGCAGGCGCAGGCGCAGCAGCAGGCAGAGGAGGCGAAGCCGGCGGAUGGCGGGGCGCCCGCCGACAAGGCGGAAAAGGCGGCGGAGCCGGCGGCAGCGAAGGAGGAUGCAGACGCCGCCGCGCCGGCACCCGCGGAGGCAUCCGCGGCGCCCGCACCCAUGGAGGCAUCCGCGGCCGCCACUGCGCCGACCAGCGGUCGCAAGCGGCAGCCGAUCCAGUUCAACAAGGAUGAACUGGAGGUGCGGGUGGCGGCCAAGCGGGCGGCGCGGGAGGCGCUGGAGAAGGAGGAGGCGGCCAAAGCGGCGGCGGCGGCCGAGGCAGCGGCGGCAGAGGCCGCUGCCGCCAAGGAGGCAGCGCUGGCGGCGAAGAAGGCGAAGGCUGCGGAGGCCAAGGCGGCCAAGGAGGCAGCGGCGGCAGCAAAGGCGGCGGAGGCGAAGGCGGCGAGAGAGGCAGCGAAGGAGGCGGCAGCGGAUGAGGCGGGUGUGGAAGAUGAGGCGGCCGCGAAACCGGACGUGGAGGGCGACGGCGGCAGCGGCGACGACGCCGCUGCGGCGGAGGCGGGGGCCAAGGCCACGUCACCGAGUGCGGGCGCCGCCGCACGCGCCGCCAAGCUUCAAAAGCUUGACUUGGCUGGGCGGCGGGUCUCAACGGCGCUCGCGCCGGAGCCGGUGGCGGCGCCCGCGCCCGCCAAGGCGCCGCCGCCGCCGCUGGAGGGCCCCGCCACCCGCGCGCUGCGCAUUGAUGGCUUCGUGCGCCCCUUCACCGAGUCCCAGCUGCGGCAGCUGCUGGUCCAGCACGGCACCAUCGAGGACCUGUGGCUGCCCGCCAUCAAGAAGUUCUGCUACGUGGUGUACGCGGAGGAGGCGCACGGCGAGGCGGCGGCGGCCGCCGUCAACGGCGUCACGUGGCCGCCCACCAACGCCACAAGCAUCCUCAAGCCGUCCUACGUCGCGGCAGAGGACGCCGCCGCCGCCAUCUCGAACGGGCGGGCUGGGAUAGCGGACACGCCCAAGGGCGGCGCCGGGGCCGCCGGCGCGGCGGCGGGUGGCGUGGUGUCGCCAAAGGGCGGCGCGGGCCCGGCGGUGGUGGGGCUGGCGCGGGCGGGGUUGACGGCGGCGGUCGCGGCCGCGGCGGCGGACGCCGCGGCGGCGAAGCAGAAGGCGGCGGCGGCGGCGGCGCCCGCGGCAGGGCGGAAGCGCUCGGAGCCGGAGGCGGACGGUGGCGUGGCGGCGGCCGAGAACGGCGGCGCGGCAGCGGCGCCGGCUACUGCCGUUGACGCCGCGGCGGCGGAGCCUCCGCCCCUGUCUCUGGAUGACUUGUUCAAGAAGACGACCAGCAAGCCCAUGAUCUAUUGGCUGCCGCUGAGUGAGGACAAAGUGGAGGAGGCGCGCAAGAAGCGCAAGGCGGAGGAGGCCGCGGAGGCGGAGGCGGAGGAGCGCCGGGAGCGCGAGCGGGAGCGGGACAGCGCACGCGACCGUGACCGCGACAGCGGGCGUGGCGGAUCAGGGAGGUCAGGCGCCCCGGGGCUGCCGCCGCCGCCGCCGCUGCCAGGGCCGCCGCUGCCAGGGCCGCCGCUGCCGGGGCCGCCAGGGCGCGAUCGUGACCGGGGCUACGGCCGCAGGUAAGGUGACUGGCAACCCGGGUGUGUUAUGUGGUCGUGUGGAGGGCAUGGGAGGCUGGUGGGCUGGUUGCUUUGCUUGGAUGGCGUCUGCGUUGCUUGGUUGGUUGGCGCCGGGUCUUGUGAGCAUGGCGGGCUGUGUUGGGGCAUGAGGGUGAGCGUGUAUCACAUGCCGCGGUCAGGGGGGCUUGCGGAGCGGGCGGGGGAGCGGGGCUCCACUGGCGCACGGCACGGCAGGGGUGCGCUGACGGCUGCUUGGGCUGCUUGGGUGGCAGGCGUGGUCGCUUGGGGUCUCUGUGCUUUGCUGCUGCCAUCACGGCCGUGAGGUGUGGUGAGGUGUGGGGCUGCCGCUGGCUGGCUACUGCUGUGCCCCCUGCCCUGGUUGGGGGCUGCUUGUGGCCUGUGCUGUCGCUGUGUGCGGCCGGGCACGUGGGGGAGGCAGUGGCGGGCUCACGUGUCGUAGAGGCCUGGCGGAGGCGCCGCACGCGGCCGCAGUGCAUGGGUGUGGAUGAGG